AUGCCCCCAAUCCCAAUUCACAAGAACUCACCCAUUGCGCCAAUUACGGCCGCAAAAGCAGACGCCAUAACGCCCGAGACUGCGUCCUCGAACAACCCCACAACCAGCCCACCUCCUACCCGUACCACGCCCGCCUAUGUUCCCGCAACAACUACACAAUCGUCGUCGUCGCCUCCCGCACCACAGCCCGGCGCCCGCCCUGCCGCCCCCACAGCGCCAAUAAGCAGCGACGGGUACAACACCAAUGGGACACCAGCGCCCCCACAGCCGGGUCCUACAGCAACAGUAGUGACAACAGAAACACGACAAGUCGGUCCGCCUCCCCAGUUUAGCCGCCCGCCGCCUUCGGACUCGAUGCUGGCAGGCCGGUCAACAGUGACUACGACGAAUCCUACCUUGUCUACGGCUAGCAAGCCUGGCCCAACGACGCUGAAUUUUGGUCCUGCGGCUUCGCCCUUUCAAACACAAGACUCUGGGAAUGCGGUACCACAGCCUACAAGAACGAGUUUGGAGCAUCCUCCAGGCUAUGUCCAAGCACCAGACAACGCCCCCUACACUGUUGGAGGCGGCAUUGGUGCGCCGAGCGGAGCGGGCCAAGGUGAUGGAGGACAAGGCGAGGGCGUGGGAGCACAAGCCUGGCAGUUGUUGAGCAAGGCAGGAGAAGCGCUAAAGAAGGGCGAGGAGAAUGUAUGGAAGGCCAUCAACAACAAAAAUGGCGGUGGCUUCUAA